AUGCUUCUUCUUGAUGUUAUCAAUGUUAUUUUCCAGCCAACAUUAUUUGCCCUCUUUUCCAAAUUUGGUCCCAUACACCACUUCAGAUACAAUAAGUCGUGCACAGCUGUUACCGUGGGCUACAAAACCAAAUCCUCCGUGGAGGCAUUACUGCAGACACCUAUGAAUUCUGCCUACGCCCUUCCCAUCCCAAAGGCCUCAUUUUCUCAUGUCUUAACUGACAGUAAAAAAUCCUGGCUCAAGGAUCCAGUCUCACUGAAAAGGCAGUCGGAACAAUACCUGCAGGAUUACUUCAAAGAAAAGCUUCGCGAGGACGAAAGUCCCGAGGAAGAUGAUGAGGGUUGGGUGUCAACGAAAACAAAAAAGCGACGUAUUCGAUAA